AUGAUCAAGACAAUCCUCCUCAUCCUCCUCACCAUCUUCAUCCCACCGAUCGGCGUCUUCCUCGUCGCCGGCUGCGGCGCCGAUCUGCUCAUCAACAUCCUGCUCACGAUCCUGGGCUACUUCCCCGGCCACAUCCACGCCUUCUACGUGGAAUACGUGUACUACAAGCGGCGCGACGAGAUCCGCGACGGCCGGUACGACGGCUCGCUUGCGCCCGGCGUGUACAGCUCCAAGGUGCAGCAGGGCGGGCACAAGAACGUCGCGGUGCAGCCGGUGCCGGCGGCGGGCGUGCCGCCUGCGCAGCAGGGCUAUGGUACUGCUACGGUCUAG